AUGUCAACUCCUCCUGGGGCAUCUGCAAACCCGGAGAGAUUGGCGUCUGUUGACAACGAAUUAAACCCAUUGGAUCCUCCUGUACUCUUACAAAAGUUCACACUCUACGAAACACGCAAUUUGUUUUACAUUGUCGGCUCCAAUACUCGCGAGACGUUGUUCAGAGUGUUGAGGAUUUCGUUGGCCGACAAUCCGCUUGAUAUAACAGUUGAUGAGACACAUCCGGUGCUAACGCGAAAUGAAAUGAUGUCAAUUCUUGAAGAUCUUGAGAAAGAGGCGUUGGCAGCAGGGGAUGUACUCAGUAAACGGAUCACCGCUUGGGGAAUCGUGGGUAUGGUGCGCUUCACUUCGUGUUACUAUCUAUGUUUAGUGACAAAAUGCUCGCCUGUUGCGUUACUUGGUGGCCAUUUCAUAUCUCACGUUGAUGAAUCAAAGCUAGUUCCUGUCGUGCACUCCUCGCUUUAUCGCCCGCCGGGGCGACGAACAACGGAGGCUCGUCUGGCAGGGAUUUUCCACUCCAUGGACUUGUCCAAGAACUUUUAUUUCAGUGGAAGCUAUGAUUUAACAAACACGCUGCAAAGUAACCUGAUUAGAGAAAAGCAGCAGCGUCCAAUUGGCCGACAAGAGAUUUUUGUUUGGAAUCAUUUUCUACUAAAGCCCCUGCUGGAACGAUUCGAGGGAACAAUGGAAUGGUGUUUAUCCUUAAUUUAUGGGUUCAUUGAUCAAUCAAAGAUUGCAGUGUUUGGAAACCCUGUUUAUGUUACUUUAAUUGCUCGCCGCUCACACUAUUUUGCUGGUGCAAGAUUCUACAAAAGAGGUACAACUAAGGAAGGCCAUGUUGCCAACGAGGUCGAAACAGAGCAGAUUGUGAGCAAUCAAUUGAUCUCGUCAUUUCAUGACCCACGUGCGGGAAGAUUUAGCUCCCCCAGAUAUACCUCUUAUGUUCAGCACCGCGGUUCUAUUCCUUUGAGCUGGUCUCAGGGAACAAGCAAUAUUAGUAUGAAACCGCCCAUCAAAAUUGAUGCUGUCGAUCCAUUCUACAGUGCAGCAGCGCGACACUUUGAUAGUUUGUUCGGCCGAUACGGGGCUCCUGUCCGGGUCCUGAAUUUGGUCAAGAAAAAAGAGAAGCAUCCACGAGAGUCUGUUCUAGGUACAGCAUUUGCUGAUUGUAUCACUUACUUGAAUCAAUUCCUUCCGGGAGAAAGUAAGAUCAAGUACACAGCUUGGGAUAUGAGCCGGGUUGCUAAGGGACGCGCUAGUGAGGUUAUUGACUUUCUCGAAAAAUAUGCUAUGGCUACCUUGGAAGAUACUGACAUUUUUCACAACGGAACGACGCUUCAGACUACGAGAAUACAACAUGGAGUGUGCCGUACAAAUUGUAUUGACUGCCUCGAUCGAACCAAUGCUGCUCAAUCUGUACUUGGAAAGUGCGCUUUUGGGAAGCAACUGGAAGCGAUAGGUAUUAUCGAUAACCCAAAUAUUGACUAUGAUACUGAUGCUGUUGAUAUCCUUACAGAAAUGUACCAUGAUCAGGGUGACACACUUGCUCUUCAAUAUGGAGGCUCGAAUCUUGUAAACACUGUUGAAACUUACCGUAAAAUCAACCAGUGGAAAUCACAUUCUCGAGAUCUCAUUGAGUCAGUGCGUCGAUUCUAUAGCAACUCUUUUAUGGAUGCGAAUCGUCAGGACGCAAUCAAUGUCUUUUUGGGUAACUACGAAUACGCUCGUGAAGGCGUAGAGCUAUGGGGCUUGAGUACUGAUUACUACCUUCACCACAACAUGCAACCUCACGAAAUCAAAAUUAGCUAUAUAUCUUGGUACACGCCUUUGUUUUUGGUACCAAUGAGAGAACGACUAGCGUCCGGAGCACCUUCCCUAGCAGCUCCCCAAGAAAACGUUCAAUUACCAGGGUUCUUACUUCAAUUGGAAAACUAUUGGAACAGAUUGUAUCAACCCAAAGUAUUAACGUCCUUGACGAUGCUGUUUGCUCGAAGAAUGAACUCAACCGAGCGAUAUCUGUCGGACCAGUCUACACCGUCCAGUCCGUUUGUCGUUCACGAACCGACCCGAAAGAAAAAGCCGGUUGGGGCACCCGAGCAGGUUGUCAAAAGUGCAAAGCUAUUGGAGGAAAAACAAGUGGAUGAGGACGACGAACUCUACACAGUUUACGCGGCCUUUUGUGAUCCUACUGAGCCGGCCUCAGAUACAGACUAUUCUAUUUAUUUUUCGGAUGAUUAUGUUGUCCAUGAAAAACAAUACGAACCUUUGGAUUUCGAAUGGGAGGAGCCCGGAAUCGAGUGGCCAGUCCAAGAAUACACCCACACCCUCCCGCCCAUCUUUUGCCCUUAA